AGCUACGGCGCUCAGCUUAUGAUGUUACCUAUCCAUCGUUCGAUGUAUGACCGUGCCUUUCGCGAGAAGAACAUCUUGCCGAUUUCCUUCUUGCAAAAUACCAGAUUAAUGCUGCAAUUCUAAGCAAAUAUAUCUAAGUAAAUCGUAAAGUCGUAGCUUACAUAUCACCACUCAUAAGUUCUUACGAGUCUUACGAGAACAAGUUUACAAUUUUGUCUAGAAUUGUAGUAUAAGUUUUUAAUAUAAGCAGUUUCGCCAUGAUUUUUUACGGCAUUGUAAUGUUUAGAGUCGAACAAAAUAUGAGCGUCUAUUCGAGCGAGUUUGCUGUCAAAGAAUGACCUGCGAUCCGAAACAUUAAGAAGUGACAGUUAAAAAUCUUCAAAAUGAUUUUCGUGGAUAAGACUAUUACGUCGUCGUUGCUGUAAAGUUUAUAAAUCGGAGUUUAUUCGAAACAAAGAUAGCGACAUGUCUAUCACGAACAUGCUCAAAUUUCGAAAAACCUGCUGUAAAGCUUAUUUCCGUGUUUGUCCCUGCAGUUUCGUUAGACAUAGAGUACAGUUGAAGACUCCACGAGAAGAAUGCUAUAAUUUUGUCUUUAUUAGCGCGAAAUACAUCGCGGAACUUUACCAUUGGACGCAGAAGUACGUGUUUAAGCGAUUGCUUGCCGACGAUUUCUUAUGGUCGGUUGUCACAUCAACGUUUUUAUUCGCAAUCGGGAUAAAGCUUAGUGCCGAACUGGAUGCUUGGGAUUUGCCAAAAAUCAUCAGAUAGUAAAAUUAUGAAUUACUCGAAAGAAAAUUCAAGUAUCAAUCGUAGCCAAUAUAAUUUAUUCUAUGAUAUUUUAAUAUAUACAAAAAGAAAAAUGUUCAUAAUCCGUAUUUAUAAUUUUACGUCGAUACUUUCAAAUUAUUUCUAGAACGUCGAUAUCAUUAAAUUAUUUCUAUUAUAAAGAAUAAACGUUUGAAAUAGGGAAUACUUGUUAUAAAAUAUAACAACAACAAUUAAUUUUAAAACUUAAUAAA